UGUUCGAUCUGUAUCGUGUGCGUUAAGCGUUCGGUUCACCGAUCACCGUCGAGUUGUAACCGUAUGUGCUGUCGCCGUCACUCUAUUGCCGUCCCUCAUUUCCGUCGUCGGUCUCGCACACGUUGACACGUCCUUUGUAUUGCCAUGGACGUCAGCUUGCUGCUUCAGCAUUCACAAUAUGCGUUACCUGUGGGUAUCGUGCUUGUAUGUGCAAUUCUCGUUUUCGUCUUUGGUUUCAAGAAGGCCGAACAACCACCUUUUGCACAACUUUCGGUAGGCUCCGACGUGGACCGGAAAUUUGCCAACAAGAAACGUAGCAAGAUCAAAGAAAAGAAAUCUGUUAAUGGCCAAGUUACAAUUGAAAAGCCAAGUCCUAUUAAAAAAUCUGUAUCAACAAAAGCGGAUGCUGCGAAGAAAGCUGUGUCUAAACCAGAUGAUAUUGAGGGAAAGCUGAAAGAACGAAAACAAGAAGAUAAUAAAAUUUCUGUAACAAAAAAAGAUAAAGAUCAAGUUGUAGUAAAAGUUGGUAAAGAAAACAAAGUUGAACAAGUGAAAAAUAAGAAGAACAUAAAGAAUUUAUUCCAAGAGAAGCCAGUUGACUUCGAUGAAGGUGACUGGGAACAAGCUUAUUCACGAAAAGAUAAGAAGAAUAAGAAAAAAGAAGAAGAAUCUCCUUCAAAGAAGAACAAAAAGAAUGCUAAAAAGGCUGAUUUAAUUAAUGAAGAAGUUACAAAACAAAAAGUUUCAGAAAAAACAGAAAUUAAAGAUAAAGUUAUUAAGGAAACAGAAAAUAAAGAAUUGAAAGAGAAGGAGAAAAAAGAUGUGAUACUUACACCUAUUUCCAAUGAGGAAAUAAGUAAGGAAAAAGAACAACAAAAGGAAGAACAAACUAAGAAUGAAAAGGUAGAAAAAGAAGAGAAAAAGAGUGGAAAGUCAAAGAAGACUAAGAAAGUUUCUGAAAGUGAAAACACCUCUGUAGUGACCCCACCUACAUCAAAAGUAGAUAAUAAAGUUCAAGAACAAAGAGCAAAAAAGAAGGAUGAGAAUACAAAAAAAGAUUUAGAUAAUUCAGAAGAAAAAAGUCCUAAAGCUAUACAAACACAAGAGAAGACUGGACCAGUGUUUGAUGAACUAGGAGAUGUCUGGACAGAAGCCAAACCUCAAAAGAAAAGUAAAAAGAAAGCUCGUAAAGAUAACUGAGGGUGAUUAAGUAUGAUGAAAAUUACGUUCCUUGUGAAAAGGAAUAGAGUGAGAAUCCUGCUUGGUCCAAACGACAUGUGUCAUUUCGGACUUACCAGGUGUGUUUUAAGUGACUUACCAAUUAACCACCUGACCAAAUUGUUCCUUCCCUUUGUACAUAAUGCCAAUUGGACUAGGUUGUUCGAUCAAUUCGAUUUUACAUGAGACAUGACUGCAGGUGCAAAAAUCGUUGUAUGCAGAAAAAAUCUUUGUUAACUAUUGAUUUUUUCAACAUACUAAUUAUCUGCUUUAACAAAGCUGCUUUGCAUUUAACGAAAGAGGCAUAAGUCAUAGUUUUCACUAUAAAAUAGUUAUUAUAUAUAUAUAUAUAUAUUAUUCUUUUAAGGAUUUUCAUAUUUGUCUAUAAUGAUACAUUAGUAUUCUAUGAGUUACAGCUACAUCUCUUAGUAUGUAUUUUUAAGAGUUUCAUUUUAAGUAUAAAUUGUUAACAAAUAGUACUUAUGUCCUUUACGUUUUGUCAACAAGUCCUAUGAACAAUAUUUUUGCUAGGUUAUUUUGCAACAUGUUUGCAUCCACGUUAGUAAUAUUUUAAAUAUUGAUUUUAUGCAUUAUAAGUAAUUCAAAUGUUAUAGAUGCGAACGGUUGAAAGACAAAACUUAGAAAGUAUGAGAUAUAUUUCAAAACAAUAAUAAAGUGCAGGACAAUCUCUUAUGGAGAAAAGUUUGCAUUACUGAUGUACAUGUCAUUUUCAAUGUACUGAGAGAAAUAUUUUCUUAUACUUGAUAGCGGGUAAUUGAUUCCAUCAUAUAGAUCCAAAAUUAUAUAGUUUGUAAUAAUAAACUGUAUGUAAUAUUUUAUCAUAAAAAGUACAUCAGUAAUGAAUUUUAAGGAUUGAUAUGUAUUUAUAAGCAUAUGCGAAUCUGUGACAAAAUUUGUGCCAAGUUGUGAAGAGAAGUAAAACAAGGUACAAUGAAAGUCAUUAUACAAUUACAUAUGAUUAAUUUAUUAAUUAAAAUAGAUGAUUUUAAUUGAGAUAACUGAAUUUUAUUCAUUAUUUAUUUGUACAAUAUAUAACUGUAUAUAUUUUUGUUUUCGGAUUUUAGUGUUUAUAUAAUACCAGUAGGUAUGUAUAAUAAUACUUAAAAAUAUAAAAAAUAUUUAAUUCAUACCUACAAUACUUUUGCUAAUUAUAUUAUGUGAUUUAAUAAGAAUAAAAUUGUGUUCUGACUUUCAAAGUGUCUAGUUAUUAAAUAUAUUUAAUAGAAAAGAAGGUACUGUUUUCUGCAAAUAUUAUCUUUUCGCGUAUAAGAAUAAUUCUACUGAACAAAAAUCUGAAGGAAGUCUUAUUAACGAGUAUGAUCAGACGUGGAUCAAAUAAUCAGAGUUAUUAUGUUGUCUUUUAAUUUUUUACGAACAAUCUAAUCCAGCCGUUCACAUUUUAUGCCAUGUAUAAAAUAUAGUGAGCAUAUUGAUUAUACAUUAAAGGUUUUCUCUGAAUAGUCUUUUUAACUAAUGUAAUUUAAUCGUUAAUAUCUACAUUAUGUAUAGUAAUAUCGCAUAUGGAAAUGCAAGAGUUAAGCUCUAUAAGAGAAGUAAUGUCUUGAAAGAAGAAUUAAAUAUUAAGAAUAUCUUUAAAGAAAACAUUAAAAUUGAGUACUAUAUUCAGAGUUUCUUGGCUUCUAUUUUCUGAAAAAAUGAAAAGACAAAAAUUUGAAAUCGAAAAGUGAUGUUAGUUGCAAUCGCGUUAUCGCGAAUAAAUGCGUAAUAAUUAAUAUAGGAGAUGCAUUGUAACGUCAUUUGCUCGAAACAAUUUACUAAUUAGUGUUGUAUGUUAAUAUGUAAAGAUAAAGAAAGAAUAUUUAGGGUGUAUGGCGAAUGAAAUAUUGUGAUAAGUAUACUGUAUACCUGAGCGUUACAUGAACGUUGUAAAAUAGUACUAUUAAAUAAUAUCAUUUAUAGCUUUUACUUAUAAAAAGAAAAUGAAAAAAUAUUCGUUUAAA